GAAAUCGAGGUAAAUCAAACUAGAGUGGUUGCUUGUCUGAUUGAAUCAUUAGAAACGACAAACGCAGGCCUUAGAAACAGAAGCGGAGCUGGUCAGUAUCAAAAUAUCUAUAUCACACUUGAUUCAUGAUGCCUGCAACUUCAGGAAAUACUGCUGGAAAGCCAGCUGAUUCGAAAAGAGAGGAAUUCCGAAAGUAUCUUGAAAAAGCAGGAGUACUUGAUGCGCUGACAAGAGUCCUUGUUGCACUGUAUGAAGAACCAGAAAAACCAAAUAAUGCAUUGGACUUCUUACGUUAUCAUCUUCAUGGAGGACCACCUGAAACAGCAGAUGUUGAAUCAUUGAAAUUACAGGUUUCAGAGUUGACUCAAAAGAAUGAAGAGCUAACAGAAGAGGUUACCCAGCUAAAGCAGAAGCUUGAGCAAUAUGAACCAAAAAAUGGAAAUGAGCAGGCUCAAGAAAGUUGAUUGUUUAGACAAGACUUGUAAAUAGUAAACUUACUUGUUCUAUUUUAUCCGUGGUUCAAAGAGGAGCUUGUCAGCUAAUAGCUUUUCUCUUCAAGAUUAUAUUUUGACCACUGGAUUCAUUUAUAACCACUGGAUUGAUGCACUUAGAUGCAAUGUUCGUAAUGUGUUUUGUUGGGUCUUAAAGUUGUAUUUGUAAUAAACUUUGAUCGUGCCAUCA